AUGACUCACCUGCAGGAUAUUCCGUUAACCGACAUUGAAGCGAACAAAGCCAUGAUUUUAAUCGGAGCCGAUAAUCCCUUGGCGCAUUUCCAGCUUGAACGUAGAGUCGGCCAGCAACAUGAACCAGUGGGUAUUAAAACUCCUCUCGGUUGGACUUUGAUCGGGUCUUCAGGCGCGACUAAUGAAGAUGAAACUGUUUCAAAUAUGCUGUGUUGUGAUUUGCGUGACCAGUAUAACAUGCUGCAAGAACAAGUCGAGCGAUUUUGGUCCACUGAAGCUGUAGGCACGGCGUACAAUUUGACCCGUAGCGAGUCGAUUGAAGAUAGACAAACUGAUAAUUUGAUGGAAAGAAAAAUUAGAUUUAUCGACGGUCAUUACGAGGUUGGGUUUAUGUGGAGAAAUGAAAAUUGCGAAAUGCCGCAAAACGAACACGUAGCGCUUAACAGGUUCGAAAAUCUCAGAAAACGACUCCAAGGAAACGAACGUUUGCGAAACUUAUAUUGUAAAGAAAUGGCAAAGAAUAUUGAAAGGGGUUGGGUGCGUAAGCUAACUUCAGAUGAAAAGGCGUUUCGCGGUCCUCGAACUUGGUUUCUGCCUCAUCAUGGCGUUGAAAAUCCCAACAAGCCAAAUAAACUAAGAAUUGUUUUUGACGCGGCAUCUACUUGCUGCGGCGUCAGUCUGAACAGUCGAUUGAUGUCCGGGCGCGAUUUGAUCAAUAAUCUAGUCGGGGUGCUUUUACGUUUUCGGGAAAGACCAAUCGCUAUAAGCGCCGAUAUAGAAGCCAUGUUUCAUAUGAUUCGAUUGCCGGAAGAUGAUACGGAUUCUGCACGUUUUCUCUGGUCGGAAGACCUUUUUUCAACCAAACGGCCAGAUGUGUAUAAAUUCUUAGUUCGUAUUUUUGGAGCUGUGGAUUCACCUUAUGUCGCAAACUUUUGUUUGAAGAGAGCUGCGUACGAUAGUAGAAACAAGUUUCCUAGAGACGUAAUAUUAACUACCGAUAGAGACUUUUAUGUCGAUGAUUUACUUACUUCGAAAUGGAAUGUUGAUUCCGCGGUAUCGACAGCUAAAGAUAUGAUUAAGAUGUUACACGAUAAAGGAUUCAACUUGACCAAGUGGGUUUCGAAUUCUAAAUCGGUUUUACGUGAAAUAUCCAGUGGACGUGUCGUCACUAAUGUUGACUUAGAUCUGGACAGAUUACCUGUUAGAAAAGCUCUGGGCUUGCAUUGGGACAUCGAGAAGGAUUGCUUUAUAUUCGACCACCAGAAAUUUACUGAAUUUACCACGAAAAGAAAGGCCCUUAGUGUAACCAGUUCAAUAUUCGAUCCAUUAGGAUUUGUAGCACCAAUCAUUUUGUAUGCCAAAUUAUUACUGCGGGAAUGUUGGCGUGACAACUUAGCUUGGGACGAAGUAUUUGAUAAUAAGAGAUUGAAGUGUUGGGAAAAUUGGAUAAAUUCGCUGAAAUGUUUAAAGAGUUUUUCGAUUCCACGUCAAUUUAAAGGUGUUAAAUGUGAAAGUUCCUCGUAUGAAAUUCAUAUAUUCUGUGAUGCAUCAGAAGUGGCAUAUGGCGCGGUAGCAUACAUAAUAUCGAAGCAUUCCCGGGAGAAUUUUCAGUGUAGUCUUAUCGCGGCUAAAGCAAGAGUCGCACCUAUGAAAGGUAUGACCGUGCCUCGUUUAGAAUUGCAAGGUGCUCUCUUGGCCGUGCGAUUGUUAAAUUUUCUCCGAAAAGAACUAUCCCUUCCACUAGGCGACGUACAUAUGUGGUCCGACUCGACUUGUGUAUUGAGAUAUUUAAAAAAUAAAACUCGAAGAUUUAAAACAUUUGUAGCCAAUCGCGUUCGCGAAAUACUCGAUCACACUCGGCCACACCAAUGGAAGUACGUCGACUCCGCACAGAAUCCCGCUGAUUACUGCACUAGGGGAAUGACGGUUUCCAAAUUUCUAGAAAAUUCUGAUCGAUGGCUACAUGGACCAGAGUUUUUGCUCAUGCCCGAAAGUGAUUGGCCAAGCCAGAUAGCGUUACGUGCAGUUGACGACCACGACCAAGAGAUUAAAUAUCAAACAUGCAUACUAGCAGAUUGUUUUAUAACUACGGAUAACAGCGAUGGAGUACUUGAUUCGGAAAUCGAAAAGGUCGUCGAUGUCGAACGUUUUGAUUCGUGGUUUUCCUUAUGCAAACGAACUGCCGUGGUUUUGUUGGCAGCUCGGUAUUUUAAGAAUCUUUCUGUGAAAUGUCCGACGUAUAGCCCGCUGCCAGCUCAACUUGUGACUCCUAAACAGUUGGAACUCGCGGGCCGGUAUUGGAUAGUUUCUGCUCAAAACAAGCAUUUCCGCGUGGAGCGCAAAUGCAUAACUAACGAGAAGAUUUAUCAUCAAAAUCAACGUUACUUAAUCUGA